AUGGAGAGAAAGGCUUUCCUAGACAAGGAAGCAAAGAAGAAGCAAAGGGGCGCCUCCAAGAUUGAGCUGCUACCGACGGAGGUCCUGUUGGAUUUGGUUGAACAUAUGCGCCUUGAAGAUGCAAAAAACUUUUCAAUGGCCUCCAAAAGAUGUCGCACAGCGACUGUCAGGCGAAUUUUUGAAAGGGUUCACUGUGAAAAUAGACCAACGGGGGACAGAUUAGGAAGGGCAAGUUGGGCUACAUUGGUACAAAACUUUGCCAAGUACACAAAAUCAUUGGUAACAACCUCCGAUGUCCGAGUCCGUUCGUGGGGUGGUACAAUACAGUUCCCCCCAGGAUUCAACCUCGAAGACCCGAUGAGGCAAUAUAUUGAUAUAGGAGUUAUCGAGGUGGUUCACUCGUUCAGAGGACUGCGUUUCCUCGAGAUUAGGGACAGAGCGGGCCUACACUGGCUAGGGUUCUGUGAUGGAGUUUCAGCCAUAUUGUCCCUAUGCCAUGGUCCCAAAACACUAAGCAUUACUCCGUACUUUGGAGAAAAGGCGGCAUUGAUCACAUCCGAUGGCGUGCACCUUGAUAUUGAAUUUUGGGCGUAUCAAAUCAAGCCGAUCUGCCUCAACCACGCCCGUUUGUCGAAACUGAUCCUCAAUUUCGAAGAUGAUGACGAGUUUCGUUUUGAUGUCGAUAUCAAGAACUUUUUUUUAUUUCUUGGAUUCUGUGAACGAGUUACGGCGACAGUAGAGACCGCUGAGCUCAAGCUGUCUUUGCCCUUUCAGAACUUGUUCAAAACCAUUGAGGAGAACGCCGGUGACGAACGGCACCCUCUCCUCAUCCGCCUACCAUCACUCCGUCAUUUGGUCAUCAGAUCUACCGACAUUAUUAAACACCCAGUUAUUCCGAUUAGAGUGCACGAGGUCUUUCUACUUCACCAAAUCGAGACGCUGACAUCGCCAUACUACCCACAAAAGCCAGAAAUUGCCCUCGGAUUUCUAUCUCAGUGUCCGGAAGUCACCACUAUCAAUGUGGUAAUCCAACAUACGACCGCUGAUAUAGCAGCGACGUAUUUUGGUUACCGGGGCACAGUAUACUUGUCUCAAUAUGACAAAACGAUAUGGCAAGGCAACAAGACUGCACACCCUGACCACAAAAGGCUGGAAAGCAUCGGACUUUUUCAACAGAUGAGUUUUCGCGAAGAUGAUAUUGUGUUUAAUCGUCGCGAAUACUUUAUCCAAUCCCCAUGCGACGGCGGGGUUGAGUUACGAAUGAAGUGA